AUGUCAGCGACGGAGGCGAGGAAUGAUAUCGACAUCAUGCCAGCCAAAAUAGCUUGUGUGUGACAAGGCUGUGACCUGUGUGACACAGCCAUCCCACGGGCAUGGGCGUGACAGGCUGGGCGGUCAGUUGCAGGCGGGCAUAUUCUUUAUCACCCCCUCCUUGCUCACCGUCCCGCUCGACGUCGACGCCAUAGUCGCCAAUGUCUGCACCAUGGCCAACGUCUGCGGAGAGUGGGGAGAAUCCUUUUGCUAGCGGAUCGAGCACGCCGCCUGAGGAGAACGUUGUCAAUUCUCCAAGGACCCCUCACAGCUCGACGUUUGAGUCCCCUCUCCUACCCCAAGAUGCAAAGGAGCCUGGCUCGUCUGCGACGAGGGCAUCGUCUCGCUCAUUGUCAGCAAACCACUUUAUUUCUUCACCGCUCAACCCCAAUUCUACUGGCCAUGCAAUCCGCUCGCGUCCAGCCUCCCGAGGCAGCACGUAUUUUAAUCGAAUCGCCUCUGAGGAGUCUCAAGCCUUGGCAUCGCAGUUCUCAACAUUGAACUCUGCUCACAGAGGCUCCAUGGUCCUUUAUCGACUGGCUGGUGAUACACCCGACGAUCCUCUUCUCCCGCCGAAAAUCACCCACCAGCGUGAUUCGGUCGCUUCCUCCUCAGGCGACUCCAUUUUCUCUCUGUCUUCCGACUCCAAGUACCCCUCGGGCGUUGUUCAAGGACAGCGAGGCUUCAUCCCUUAUGCAUACGAUCCAGAUCUUGACAUGAAGGAAGGCCCAGAUGACGAUGACUACCUACAUAGGCCAGACUACGGCGAGAACAAGCGAACGCUCUGGUCAUGGCGUGGUUUUCUCAACUUCGGGGUUCUCAUUAUACUCAUUGUCGCUCUCCUUACCCUGUUCAUCUGCUACCCUGUCCUCUACUUCGUUCGCCAUAACGCCAGGAAUCUUGCCAUCGACGGCAAUAUCCGAAUAAAUGGCACUGGUCAGGCACCUGUACUCUUUCAACUGCCUCAGAUGAUUGACUUGGACACGCCCGAGGAAGCCAAGACGCGGACUGGAUUCGAUGGUCAGCCUUAUGAGUUGGUAUUCUCAGAUGAAUUCAACAUGGAUGGUCGCACAUUUUAUCCCGGCGACGAUCCUUUCUGGGAGGCGAUGGAUUUAUGGUAUGGCGCUACGGCUGAUCAGGAAUGGUACGACCCCUCGCAGGUCACGACGAAAGACGGUCACCUCCGUAUUGUAAUGGACCAGGUUACGGACGUCACGCAGAACCACAUGUUGCAGUACAAGAGUGGCAUGCUUCAGAGCUGGAACAAGUUCUGCUUCUCCAGCGGAUACAUCGAAGUAUCGAUGUCUCUUCCUGGACCGAACUCUGACACUCGGGGCUAUUGGCCGGGAGCAUGGACGAUGGGAAACCUCGGGCGACCUGGAUACGGAGCAACCACUGACGGUACCUGGCCCUACUCCUACGACGACUGUGACGUUGGAACAUUCCCUAACCAAACAUUCAAAGAUAAGACAGGACCUGAAGCAGCGCUGCAUUCCGAUGAUUCUAGGUCAAAGUACAAUUUCGAGUUGUCCUGGCUGCCUGGGCAGAGGCUCUCUUCCUGCACAUGUCCGGGUGAAGAGCAUCCCGGUCCAAGCGUGUCUAAGGGACGUGGUGCGCCCGAAAUCGAUAUUCUGGAAGCUGAGCGAAACAAGACGGACGGUGCGGGCGGACAAGUAGUGUCGCAGUCUGCACAGUUUGCACCUUUUACGCACGACUACCUGUACAAGAACGACACCCAGGAUGCUUGGUGGAUCUAUGACUCAAGUAGAACGCGAGCGAAUGAUUACAAGGGUUCCGCUGUUCAGCAAGCUGUUUCUGGUCUGACAAACCUUCCAGAUGACAUGUUCCAGGGAUCUGGUCAAGUAUUCAAGACUUUAGGUUUUGAGUACUGGGCGAACCCUAGUAAACCCGACGAAGGCUUCAUUACUUGGCAAGUGGACGGAACGCCUUCGAUCACUAUGGGCGCUUCAGCAGUCGGUGCUGAUCAGGGCGAUGGCGGAUCAGGAGUCUCCAAGAGACUCAUUCCAGAGGAACCCAUGGUACGUCUUUUCGCGACUACUUGCCUGUUAUUAACAUUAGGUGUUAACCUAUCUACAUUUAGUCUAUCGUCCUCAACUUGGGUAUCUCUGCUAAUUGGCAGAAGAUCGACCUCUCGACGAUGGUGUUUCCGGCAGAGUACUUGAUCGACUAUGUUCGAGUGUAUCAGAGGACAGGACAUACGAACGUUGGAUGCGACCCACCAGAUUACCCUACUGCGGAUUAUAUCACCAAGCAUGAGGAAGCAUAUACCAAUCCAAAUCUCACUUUCUGGUCUCAGCCGCAACCUGAUGGCGCAGGUUAUUCCUGGCCGAAAAACUCUGCUGUGCGUCACGUAGUUAUGGUUCAACGUCCAUUGAGAGCUGACGUUUUGGUUGUGAAUAGUUCGAUGGCUGUUAGCAUGGGUCGAACUCAAACAUCUACACGUUCAUCUGCGGUACUAGCAUUUUCCCCCUCUCGAACGGUCAAUUAUUCUUACUGGCGGCUUACAUGUCACAUAUCCACUCCUUCCCCCUUCUCCUUGGCCCCGUGGCUCGGCGGUAUUCAAUCCUGUCAUAGCAGCAUUCAUUCUCACCAGCCGGACUUCAUUUGCAACCUUUGGUUAAUUCCUUUUCUUUUUUUUUCUAAAUAUACUUACUAUAAAGUAUACGGACAAUGUGUUUUGCUCAAUAGCGCAAAGGUUCAAGAGCAGUCUUGGUGCCCCAUCUGUAUUCUAAACUAUAUUUACUUUAGAGCCUCCAUCCUUUUUACACAUAUCUUCCCUCACACCUUCUUUUGGUUUGGAAUCGGGAACAUUGUGUCGAUAAUCUUGACAAUCCCCUUGCUAUUCACACCUUUUCGUAGUGCCUACAUUCUACUUCGAACUUUCGGUCAUCAUUCAGCAAUACCCAUGUAUACGGGGGUUCUCAAAAGGCAAGAUGUUGCAGGGAUGUAUGAAACCGAAGAAUCUGGGAUAUCUAUAGUAUAGUAGUGCAGGGUAUCGCAUAUGAAGGCAAAAUGUCGGUGUUCAGCCAGACCCUUGGUCGUAGAUAUAUCCGAGUCCGAAAUCUUCAAGCCUUGCCCUUGCCUGGACCUAUC